UUUUUUCUUUCAUAUUCUCAAGGGAAUAAGAAAAGAAGAAUGAAAGGCCUCAGUUUUCCUCCUCUUUGAUUCUACUGUACCUGUUUUUGAGCACUGGCAAGGCUUCACAUACAGUAAAUUUUAUUUUUAAGUUUGGAAGUGGGUUUUUAUUUUUGAUUUUUGAAUUUUUUUUUUGAGUUUUUGCAUAUUUUAAAGAAUUCUGGGCUGAUUUUUGGAGUUUGAAGUUGUGAAAGAAGUAUGGGGUUUUGAAGAAAAGCUGAGAGGAAAAUCGUGUAAUUAAAUUUUUUUUAAAAAAAAAAAAAAGAAAAAAAGAAAUCUUUUUGGGUUCUUGGUAAGUUUUGGGAGAUUAUGGAGGGAAGGGAGGGGUUGAGUAGCAGUGGAGUUACUGUGGUGGGAUCAGAUGCUCCCUCAGACUACCAUGUGGCUCCAAGGACCACUGAGAAUCCAAGCCAACAAGUUGCCGGAUCAGCACAGGCGGCGGCGGUUGGAAUCUCACCUCCGCCGGGCAUGGCGGCGGCCGGAGCAGACGCCACCGCAGGGAAGAAGAAGAGGGGAAGGCCAAGAAAGUACGGCCCGGAUGGGGCAGUCACCAUGGCUCUGUCACCCAAGCCGAUUUCCUCGUCGGCGCCGCCUCCCGUCAUAGACUUCUCCGCCGAGAAACGGGGGAAAGUACGGCCGGCGGCGGGGUCAGUCAGCAAGCAUAAAGUGGAUUUGGACCCCUCAGGUGAAUGGGUAUAUUGCUCUGUUGGCGCUAACUUUACGCCCCAUAUCAUCACUGUCAAUGCUGGAGAGGAUGUUACCAUGAAGGUCAUAUCGUUCUCUCAACAAGGGCCCCGCGCAAUCUGUAUUCUCUCAGCUAAUGGAGUAAUUUCAAGCGUCACUCUUCGUCAACCUGAUUCCUCUGGCGGAACGCUUACCUAUGAGGGCCGUUUUGAGAUACUGUCAUUAACGGGAUCAUUUAUGCCCUCCGAGUCAGGAGGAAUACGCAACAGAUCCGGUGGCAUGAGUGUCUCCUUAGCCAGCCCCGAUGGGCGGGUUGUAGGCGGUGGUGUUGCUGGUCUGUUAGUAGCUGCUGGUCCUGUCCAGAUUGUGGUAGGCAGCUUCCUGGCUGGGAAUCAGCACGAGCAGAAAACGAAGAAACACAAGCCGGAGAGUGUAACUGCUGCUAUUCCCAUCUCAAGUGCAGGUGCAGCCGAGGUGGAAGGGCCGCCAUUUCACUCCUCGGCAAAACCUGCCUUGUUAACCGCCCCUUCUUUCCGCGGGGAUAACUGGUCGACGUUGCCCCCAGACACGAGGAAUAAGCCGACUGACAUCAAUGAGCCUAGCCUGCAUAAGAUGGUAACUUAGGGAGCUGUAACAACAUUCUGGGAAGGAAGUCAAGGCUGCAUUAGCAACACACCUUGAUUAAAGAGUCUCACCUCAGGCUUUUUUUUUUUUUUUUUUUUUUUUCGGGUUCGUCAUUCGUGUAAACCUUGGUGGUGUCUGCAUUAAUUUCCUUAAGAUCUGUGUUGUAAUUUGUUGAGAUAGUCCAUUAGAUUGGCAACUCUGCUCUCACCAGUGCUGCAGAAUGUUAAGAUGUAUGAUUUAGGGCUGUUGAAGUUGAAUUUCAUCUCUUAUUUAUAGAUUAUGUUCCCCCC